UCAUCUAAAUUUUCUAGUCAACAAACUGCUAAGACUUUCUCAGAAAUCAAGUCAGCAUAUUUUUGCCAGCCAGCCAUAUGUGGUAGGAGUCCAGGAACAGAGCUUCAUGUAAAUUUUCCAGUCAACAUAGAUUGCAAUUUUUUUCAAAGAAAUCAAAUCAUUGAGGGUCAUUUUAAGAACAAUGAAAAGGAAUUCUUUUUAUACUCUGCUGCAAUCCAUAAAAUACCAAAACAAAUAAAAGAAAAUGUCCUUGAAUGAAAAUUCUUUAAACAAAAAUCUUGUCACAGUCAAUUAAAUUACUCUAUCUCUACCUACUUCUAUCUCUCCUAUGUGCCAAAAUAGAAAAGAAUUAUUGGUGUUAAGGUUGACAAGGAACAAGGAUACUAAUAAAAUAUUGUCAAGAGUGAAGGUGAGCAGUACCAUCAGGAGUUUGCAUUUAAUUCAUUGGAUGCUUUGACUAUCAAAGAGUACAUAAGUCUACCAGAAGUCUUCCUUUGCUUUUCUCCGAGCUUUCUCUUCUCCUCAGUCCCCAAAAUCUCUGCUCCUGCAAAAGUUCAGGUUGAGAAUUUGAGAAGAUACCAGCAUGGGAAAUGCUCUUAGGUUCCUAUACGGGAAAUGCUACAAACAAACCGCCUCAGGAGACUCUGAUUCUCUAGGACCACCUUAUACCACAACUGCUUCUGGGGUUUCAGCUCUUGCCCAUGAUCUCUUCAACUUUGAAAUCACCUCCCAGGUUCCUGAAGGUCUCAGUCAGCAUGUUGUAUCAUCGAGGAAGGCUCAGGCUAAGUGGUAUGGAAAGCUACUCCAGGCAUGGAGAAAAGCAAAACCUCCACCCAAAACGCCUGAAGAGGUUGCUAGGCUUGUUAUUCAGACCUUGAAUAGACAUCAAAAGGCAGAUGUUGAGGGUUUACUGGAAUUCUAUGGUCUUCCUUAUCCUUCAACCCUGGUGGAAAUUUUGUCUGAAGUUCCAACAAAAUUGCCUGAAGGGGUGCAGUUUGAAAUGCAUACACUACCAGUAGAUGGGAGUACAGUACCCGAUGGGGAUGGUAUAAAUGUGUAUGUGAAUACUGCUGAUCCUAGGGAGUCAUCAAGCGUACCUAGAGAUGUUCUUCUGGCUGCUGUCCGAAGAUCAAAAGCACGUGCUAAGAAAAAUUAUGCCAGGGCAGACGAACUUCGCCAGAAAAUUAUUGAAUCGGGAUAUCAGGUCAUAAGUAUUCAAAAUGAAGAGAUUCUUGCUCGAAAGUAUCGAAUUCGACUAAGGGGUAUCGAUGCACCUGAGAAUUCAAUGCCAUAUGGAAAAGAAGCCAAACAGGAGUUGGUUAAGCUUGUUAAUGGCAAGUGUUUGAGAGUGCUUGUCUAUGGGGAAGAUCGUUAUGGUCGCUGCGUGGCAGAUGUGUACUGCAAUGGCAUUUUUGUGCAGGAAGUAAUGUUAAAGAAAGGAUUUGCAUGGCAUUAUGCGGCUUAUGACCAGCGCAUUGAACUUGCAACUUGGGAAAAGGAGGCUCGAGCAAAGCGAAUCGGACUCUGGGCGUCAUCAAACCCUGAGAAGCCAUGGGAGUGGAGGAAGGAUAGACGAGAAGGGAGAUAACAUUGUCCUUAUUGAACCAAAACAUACUGAGGUGUGGAACGGAUGAACAGAAUUUAUGGAUUUUUCUUAUUUUGGGUUGUGGUCGCAUAUGCAAUUAGUACAUCCUUUUUCCUGUCUUUGUUCUCUUCAUACUUCCAUUGUUUAUGUAAGAUAGUGGAAAAAAAUAACGUUCGGAAAACAAUGUUAUUCCGAGGCAUACACAACUAUUUGGCAGUAUAUAACACACCAUCAGUGACAGACUGAAAGGCAUCUUCAUGUUGGCCAACCAAA